AUGAGCAUUGAAGUUCCUCGAGAGACACAACUGUAUACUUUGGACAUUGAAACUGACCCCUUUGGACAUUUAGUAAGUUUUUCUUGAUUUUUUUUAUAUUUUAGGCUGGUGAAUGGUACUUCAUUGGGUUGGUAUGGACUUAUGGGCGUAGAAUAUUGAUAUUUAUGUGAUAAUUUUGGUAAUAUGGACGUAAUUAUGUUGGAAAACCACAUUUUAUUUUCAGGACUCACGUUAUCGGCUAGCCGAACUUGUUUGGGAAACUUCUGACGCUCUUGUUAAAGUUGGAUACGAAACCGUCGACGAAGCUACCUCGCUCCAAACUCGAAUCAAGGAAAUUCCACUGGUUGUUGCCGAGAGAUCUCUAGACUCCGGCUUCUUAACCCUCGACAGCCUCGAAGUAUCGUGCUUGAGUGUGGACGUUGUAGAAUUUGAGGAAGAAGCUUCUCAAUUCACUUCGACUCCUCACAAAUCCAAACUUCCGAGUGCGGUUCAGAUUUUGUUGGAUUCUUGUGAUAACAACAACUGUGACAAGAUGUUCAGCAAUUCCGUCGGAUACAAUCGCUUUAUGGUGUCUUCACACCAACAUAGCUUCUUUCAGUCGCAAAUGUUCAAUGACUCGAGAGUUAUCGAGGAAUCGAAUAGAAUUAUCGACGAGUUCCCGGAUAUGGCCGAUGAAGUAAUGUUACUCAAGUUCUCGCAGCUGGAGAAGGAUCUUUUGAUUGGUGUAUUGGGUUCCAAACACAUUUACAAGUAAGUCUGUAGUUUUUACUAUGUUUUUUAAUGUUUAGGUAUGUCUUUCAACUAACAAUCGUAUCAAAAUUAGCAAUUUAUGCCAUCAAGGCUAACUUUUUGGAAAUUUUUUGAUUUUAUCUUUGAACUUUGACGUUGCUACACUUUUUUUUGUUAAUGAAGUUGGAUAUUUUGUGCUCUCAUUUAUAUUUCAACCUUAUUAUAAUUUAGAAAUUUCAGACAACUUCAAGAACGUUUUGAACGAUCAGAAAUUUUGAGAUCAGGGCUGGUGGAUAUGUUGGUCAGUCAUAAGGUUAUCAACACUCUUUCCAUGGAUCCAAUGGCAAACUAUGUGAUACAGGUAAGGCGUUUAUUUUGGAAGUCGGUUUUUAGGAGAAAUUGGUAAACAUUUGUAAGUUUUAUGGUUUAAUUUGGGAAAAAAUUCAAUGUUAACAUAGGUUUUGGAUGACACAAAUUAGAUUUUGUUAUAACUUUUUUGGAUAUAUAGAUAGCGGUUGGAAAGUUUGUGGGAUUUCAGGUUAUUGUUGGCGUCAUCUAUCGUAGCAUUUACAUUUUUAAUGUUUGAAGCCGUUUUUAUGUUAUCAUUGAUUUAUUGAACUAUACUUCAAAAUCUUUUGAUUUAUAACCUUUUUUUUAUUUAUGCCAUUUCUUUUCAGGACUUGAUAAAGCGAUGUCCAGAAAAACACGAAAAGAUCAUGAAAGAGUUUUGUCGCCAGCCCAAAGACUUGGCCAAUGGUCGAUGUUCGUCUCGAGUUCUUCAAGAAGCUGUGGAACAAAUGGAGCCAAACUUGGUCAAAGACUUUUUGUUCUCUCUGCAAGGCCAUGAAGUUGACAUUGCGAGAGAUCAGUGUGGAAAUCAUGUGAUUCAGAAGAUCUUCGACUGCCAUCACUACUCGGUCUUUGAUGAUCUGACUAGAAGGGUGGGUGUUGGAGGUUUUGUUUGAUUUAUUUAGAUUUCUGUGAAGUUUUGGAUGUUUUAUGUUAGUAUUUUUGAAUAAUUGGUCAGUUAUAGCCUUUUUAUACCUAAAACAGUAAGUAAUGCCAAUAUCUUUUAGCUCUCGCAAGUAUGUGUGUUGGAUUCCAUCGUCAAGUCCAAGUAUGGUUGUCGAGUAAUCCAAAAAUGUCUGGAAACCUUGGCCGAUGCCAUUACGGAGGAUACCGUGCCCGAUUCCAUCAACUGUUUGGUCAUGCCACUGCUCCAGCGUGCCAAUGAGUAUACACGGAAUGAGUAUGCCAACUAUGUUAUUCAGAAUCUGAUGAAACACCCGGCUUUGGAGAGACAAAGGGAUUAUAUCAUUGAUGUUGUUGUCGUGUAAGUUUAUGUUUUUGGAUUUAUGAGAUAUAAUAUUAUCUUUUUUUAUAGUGGUGUAGUGCUUUAUGUUUAUAAUGAUGUUAAGAUGAUAAUUUUUAGUAGACAAUGGUCGUUUGGGGUGGUUAGUAUCGCUAAAAACGUAUUAUAUAUUAUUAGAGCAAAAAUAAAGUCUUGACGCUUUUUAAUGUUAUUCUGACUGUUGCAGUGGUAACAUCUUGACUCUAUCUCAAGACAAGUUCGCCAGUCACGUCGUAGAAACCGCUCUCGAAGUCUCCAACACUGAAUACAUGAACAAGCUCUGCACCGAGAUCUUUGACGACUACGAAGUUAACGCUAAACAUCAGACCGCCUUGGAAAUCAUGAUGCUAGACCAAUACGGAAACUAUGUCGCUCAAAAGUUGUUGGACUUUGUCAUUCAUGUUCACGAUGGUCAAGUGCCAGGUGAUCAGAAGUGGAUUCAGACCUACGUGGAGACCGUGAUCAGGCUACGCUCGAGGUUGGAGAACUAUUCGAGUGGGAAGAAGAUUCUGGAGAGGAUUUGUCUUCUGACGGAACAACAUUAA